AUGAUCUCUCGGUUCUUUGAAGGCUAUACGUUUCAAAAGUAUGUGGACUCAGACAGCGGGGAUGACUCUGACAAGCGCUCUUGUGAAGAGAGCUGGAGGCUCAUCUCCUCCUUGCGGGAGCAGCUGCCGCCCACCACGGUCCAGACCAUUGUCAAACGCUGUGGCCUGCCUAGCAGUGGCAAGCGCAGGGGCCCUCGCGGGGUUUAUCAGAUCCCCCAGCGACGCAGGCUGCAGGGCAAAGACCCCCGCUGGGCCACCAUGGCUGACCUGAAGAUGCAGGCGGUGAAGGAGAUCUGCUACGAGGUGGCCCUGGCUGACUUCCGCCACGGGCGGGCUGAGAUUGAGGCCCUGGCCGCCCUCAAGAUGCGGGAGCUGUGUCGCACCUAUGGCAAGCCAGAAGGCCCCGGAGAUGCCUGGAGGGCUGUGGCCCGGGAUGUCUGGGACACUGUAGGUGAGGAGGAAGGAGGUGGAGCUGGCAGUGGUGGUGGCAGUGAGGAGGAAGCCCGAGGGGCGGAGGUGGAGGACCUCCAGGCCCACAUCGACAAGCUGACGGAGAUUCUGCAGGAGGUGAAGCUGCAGAACAGCAGCAAGGACGGGGAGCUGCAGGCCCUGCGGGACCGCAUGCUCCGCAUGGAGAGGGUCAUCCCCCUGGCCCAGGAUCAUGAGGAUGAGAAUGAAGAAGGUGGUGAGGUCCCCUGGGCCCCGCCUGAAGGAUCAGAGGCAGCAGAGGAGGCAGCCCCCAGUGACGGCAUGCCGUCAGCCCAGCCCCCUCGCCACCACUGUCAAGCUGGGAGCGGGUGUCACGGCUCAUGGAGGAGGACCCUGCCUUCCGUCGUGGUCGUCUUCGCCGGCUCAAGCAGGAGCAGCUACGGCUGCAGGGACUGCAGGGCUCGGGGCCGGGGCGGGGGGCUGCGCAGGCCCCCAGCCCGCUUUGUGCCCCCCACUACUCCACCCCUGCCUGCAGGCCUCCGAGUCCCCGAAGGUCCCACCAUCCCCUCAGGAACUCCCUGGAUGGAGGGGGCCGAUCCCGGGGAGCGGGUUCUGCACAGCCUGAACCCCAGCACUUCCAGCCCAAAAAGCACAACUCUUAUCCCCAGCUACCCCAACCCUACCCAGCCCAGCAGCCCCCAGGGCCCCGCUACCCCCCAUACACUACUCCCUCACGAAUGA